UGAUGGUCCAAAAAAAAAGUUUAAAAAAUGAUGAAGGGUAGAGAUGAAAUGGAUAUAAAAAAAAGAUGUUUUCUGCAAGCUGUUGAUCAAUUAGGACAAGGGUCCACAGUUCUUUGGAUUUUACUUAUCAUGAAUCUUUCAACAACAUUUUUAUUCGGGAUAAAUUCAAUGUCUUACGUUUUCAUCACUGAAGUACCCAAAUAUUGGUGUUCUCCUCCAGAGCUUGUGAAAGCUAACUGGACGAUAGAUCAAAUAAAAAAUAUAACUGCUGUCGAUGAUUGCCAUUCUUACAAAUACAAUUAUACUUACUUAGCAAGUAAAGGAUACGAUAAAGUUUCACGAUAUGUAAAAGAUGUCAAGUUUUUACCAAGUAUAGAUUCUUGUUCGUCAUUUACUUUCGAUGAGAGUAAACGAUCAACAAUUGUCAAUGAGUGGAGCUUAGUGUGUGACAGAAAAUUAUAUCGAGCAAAUACAUUUCUCGUAUAUUCACUUGGAAUAGUCACUGGUUCUGGACUAUUGGGUACUUAUGCAGAUAAAUAUGGAAGAAAAAAUUCUUUGAUUAUCAGUAUAAUCUUUCAAGUUAUUGCUGGGCCAGCGAGUGCACUAGUACCGUGGUUUUGGGCUUAUAUGGUAUUCCGAUUUUUUACCGGAUUUAGCGUGGGGGCGAUGUAUUCUUCAGCAUUUACGAUCUUAUCCGAAAUCGCAAAAGGCAACAGAAGAAAAUUUUUUGCAGCAGGUCUUGAUGCUUCUUUUUCAUUUGGAACAUUCUUUUUGAUCGGCAUGGCGUAUUUUUUGCCGAAUUGGCGCCAACUACAAUUAGCUAUGUCAUGCUUCAUUCUUCCAAUGAUAAUUCUAAUUUGGUGGAUUCCCGAGUCGCCUAGGUGGUUAAUCUCUCAGAACCGUUACGACGAAGCUCAGAAGAUAAUUGAAAAGUAUUGUAAAUCGUUUGUCAUGACCCAAACUUCUGCUGCAGAAAACCAAACGAAUGAUUCUACUUUAUCAUCUUCAGAAUGUUCUCCAACGUUGGAAGAAAAAAAAGGGUUCUUUAAGCGAAAUUCCGAAAGCUUGCGAAUCCUGUUCACGCAAUCAGAUUUAAGAAAAAAAAUUUUGUUCAUGCAUUUUUCAUAUUACGUAACAGCAGUCGUAAGCUUGACACUCGCUUUUAAUGUUGAUAAUUUUAAAUCAAAUCGUUAUAUUUAUUUAUCAAUACUUUCAAUUAAUGAAGUGAUAGCCAAUUUAGCAACUUCAGUAGUCUUGAUGUUCAUAAGCUGUCGAAAGACACUUAUUAUAAAUUACUUUAUCGGAAGCAGUUUAAUGAUGGCAAUUAUUGCAGUUCCCGAAGACAAUAGAAAUAUAAUCGUUGGAUUAGCAUUAACAGCAAAAUUUUGUACAUCAGCAGGUUUUACUACUAACUUGGUUCUCAAUUCAGAGUUAUUCCCCACGAACGUCCGGAAUACGGCAUUUGGUACCUGCAUAGUAAUGGGACAAUUAGGUUCUUUAACCGCGCCGUAUGUUAUUGACUUACUUGGUAGUCUGAUUUGGUAUGCUCCGACCACAUUUUGCGGACUAUUGUCUCUCAAAGUUGGACUGCUGGGACUUUUGACGCCACUGACAAAAAUAGAUGAUGAAAAUGAUUGUACUGUCGUUAAAAAUCGAUUUAAUACGAUAGAAAUUCACAGAGGAGGAUAAUAUAUGCAACAGUAUUAAUAUCAUAAAGUUUUUA